AGCGGUAGUAUGCCGUUGGCGGAACUGAAAUUCGUAGUGUCGUGCUCGGAUUCGGAGCGCGGUUUCGGAGCCGAAAAUCUGCUGGGACAGGGCAAAAGUGGACGAACGAAAUGGAGGGGAAAAGCUGGUAAAAGGCCCUUUCACUCACUACCGUUGUAUAUUUUCGUCAAUCGAACACAUUGA